GCUCUCCCGCUCUCCCGCUCUCCCGCUCUCCCGCUCUCCUGCGCUCCCGCCCCCCGCCGCCGCCGCCGCGUGGAUGCCAAGUACCAGUUUUCCAGUCCCUUUCCAAGUUUCCACUCGGGCCUCCGGCUGCAGUCUGCGGGAGCGGAGAAAGUUUGGGGCCCGCGCCGCCCUCCGGCGGCAGCAUGAAGUCGGCGGAGGAAGCAUGACGGGGCUGGAGCAGGACCAGGAGUUCGACUUCGACUUCCUUUUCGAGUUUAACCAGAGCGACGAGGGCACCGCCGCUGCCCCAGAGCACUACAGUUAUGCACCGUCGAGCAUCAGCUCUGUUCUGCCUCCUGGCCCGGCUCACCCAUCACUGCCAGCUCCGUGCCACGACCUGCAGACCUCGGGCCCGGGCAUGCCAGCUCCUGCGGCCAGCCAGCCCCCGGGCUAUGGUGGGGCUGUGGACACCGGGCCCUCCAGCUACUUCCUGUCCUCCGGCCACAUCCGGCCCAAUGGGGCCCCUGCCCUGGAGAGUCCUCGCAUCGAGAUCACCUCGUACCUGGGCAUGCACCACAGUAACAGCCAGUUCUUCCACGACGUGGAGGUGGAAGACGUCCUUCCCAGCUCCAAGCGGCCCUCCUCCACAGCCACCCUGAACCUGCCCAACCUGGAGGCCUACCGGGACCCCUCGUGCCUCAGCCCGGCCAGCAGCCUGUCCUCACGCAGCUGCAACUCAGAGGCCUCAUCCUAUGAGUCUAACUUCUCCUACCCCUACGCGUCCCCACAGACGUCCCCAUGGCAGUCGCCCUGUGUGUCCCCCAAGACCACGGACCCUGAGGAGGCUUUCCCCCGGGGCCUGGGGGCCUGCGGCCUGCUCAGCUCCCCCAGACACUCGCCCUCCACCUCGCCCCGCACCAGCAUCACGGAGGAGAGCUGGUUGGGGGCCCGCACGUCCCGGCCCUCGUCCCCCUGCAACAAGAGGAAGUACGGCCUCAACGGCCGGCAGCUGUCCUGCUCCCCACACCACUCACCCACGCCGUCCCCGCACAGCUCACCACGGGUCAGCAUCACUGAUGACACCUGGCUGGGCAACAGCACGCAGUACACCAGCUCGGCCAUCGUGGCUGCCAUCAACGCCCUCACCACCGACAACAGCCUGGAGCUGGACGGCGUCCCUGUGAAGGCACGCAAGACCGCCCCAGACCACUGCCCCUCCGUGGCCCUCAAAGUGGAGCCAGCUGGUGAGGAUCUGGGGACCACGCCGCCCACAGCCGAGUUCCUGCCCGAAGAGUUCACAUCUUUCCAACAUAUCCGCAAGGGUGCCUUCUGUGACCAGUACCUGUCGGUGCCGCAGCACCCAUACCAGUGGGCCAGGCCCAGGUCCCCAACGUCAUUUGCCAGCCCGUCUCUCCCUGCCCUGGACUGGCAGCUGCCGUCGCGCUCGGGACCCUACGAGCUGAGGAUUGAAGUGCAGCCCAAGCCCCACCACAGAGCCCACUAUGAGACGGAGGGCAGCCGGGGGGCCGUGAAGGCAUCGGCUGGAGGACACCCCAGCGUGCAGCUUCACGGCUACUUGGAGAAUGAACCGCUCACACUACAGCUGUUCAUCGGGACGGCCGACGACCGCCUGCUGAGACCCCACGCCUUCUACCAGGUGCACCGGAUCACAGGCAAGACUGUCUCCACUACCAGUCAUGAAGCCAUCCUCUCCAACACCAAAGUCCUGGAAAUCCCACUGCUGCCUGAGAACAACAUGCGAGCCAUCGUGGACUGUGCCGGGAUUCUGAAGCUCCGAAACUCUGACAUCGAGCUGCGGAAAGGGGAGACAGACAUUGGGAGGAAGAACACCAGGGUGAGGCUGGUCUUCCGAGUCCACAUCCCGCAGCCCAACGGCCGGACGCUGUCCCUGCAGGUGGCUUCCAACCCCAUUGAGUGCUCCCAGCGGUCGGCCCAGGAGCUGCCCCUCGUGGAGAAGCAGAGCGCGGCCAGCUGCCCCGUCCUUGGCGGGAAGAAGAUGGUCCUAUCUGGACACAACUUUCUGCAAGACUCCAAAGUCAUUUUUGUGGAGAAAGCACCAGACGGUCACCACAUCUGGGAGACAGAGGCCAAGCUGGAUAGAGACCUAUGUAAGCCGAACUCGCUGGUGGUCGAGAUCCCGCCUUUUCGCAAUCAGAGAAUAACCAGCCCGGUCCAAGUCAGUUUCUAUGUCUGCAACGGGAAAAGAAAGAGGAGCCAGUACCAGCACUUCACCUACCUUCCUGCGAACGCUGCCCGGGCCGGUGACCAGCGGAUCAGAGGCUCAGACAGGAGGGAACACUGCAUUCCAGCUCCAACCAUAAAAACAGAGCCCACCGAUGAUUAUGAGCCCGCUCUGCCCUGUGGACCAGCGAGCCAGGGCCUGAGCCCGCUCCCCAAGUCGUGCUACAGCCAGCAGCUGGCCAUGCCGCCUGACCCGGGCUCCUGCCUGGUGCCCGGCUUCCCACCCUGUCCACAGAGGAGCACCGUGGUGUCGCCGCCGCCCAGCGCUGGCCCGAAGAUGCACGACCUCUCUUCCACCACCUACAGCAAGGGCAUGGCCAGCCCCGGCCACGGGCACCUUGGACUUCAGCGACCGGCUGGAGGGCUCCUCGCUGCGCAGGAGACACCGACACCUGCGGGCGUGCACGCUGGGCCCCCACAGCAGCCCCCCCCGGCCCUGCUGCGACCACAGUCCUGCAGCCCCACCCGCCCAUCUGAGAUGGGCCCGCAGCAGCACCGACUGCCGAAGGCUCCGAGGAGCGAGUCUGCAGCCCCCCGGCCUGUGCCGCCGCCCGAGGUGCGUGAGGACAGUAAUCAUAGUCUGGCCCCCAUUCCCGUAACGGUCAAGCGAGAGCCUCAGGAGCUGGACCAGCUGUACCUGGACGACGUAAAUGAAAUAAUACGGAACGAUCUCUCCAGCACCAACAUCCGAUCAUAGCUGGCCACAGGUUACUCCCCGAAGCCGCACGGUGUGGGCUUAGCCGCCGAUGGUCGAGCUCUGGCGAAAGGACUUUAAGUACACGGAACACACGCCUGGUACCGGUUGGAGCUCCAGCUCACUCAAGAUUCUCAUCACGGGCUCAAAGCAGCAGCUCUGUGACCGGGAGGACCGGCCACGCCUCCUCAUCACAGGAAGACCGGAGGGGGCGGGGUGCGUGCCUUGCAUGGGUUCCCCCACCCCACCCCGGGCACCCCUGGACUUCAGCACUGGAAGUGCCUUAUUACCCAGAGCCCAGCAUCAGGGUGCGCCAUAGGAUGGAGUGUCAAGUCUGCUACCAGGAGAGUAUUUGCAGGAGCAAAAGCUGUAAAGACGCUUCGUCGCAAAGCUUUGUCUCUCUUGUGAUAAAUUAGAAUACUGGCAAGCUGGGCAUCGUGAGGAGAACCUAACACGUGCUUCCUGCUGUUUCUUGGCUUCCCUUGGGCUGCAACAUGCAAUCUGCUUCUUUACCCAGUCAGUGCAUUUUAGGGAUCUUCCAUUCUGACCUCUCCCUCAUCACCCACUCCCUCCCCUGUGUUACUGAAACCGUAGUACUGUUCGCUGUAGCAUGCUAGGGUGUUGUUUCUAAUCUGGCUUUGAACGUAGCACAAGUAAGAUGAUAGCACAAGACAGGUCGCUGGACAAAAAAAGAAGUCUGUCUGCCGCAGGACAGAUGCUGCAUUUGCAUGUAUGUACACACGUAGGCUCGUAUUUAUGGACAAAUAAAACAGAGUUGGUGAUGUGUGGUCCCUGCCCGUCAAGGGCUGUGUAUUGGCAAUAACCAGGAUCCGCUCUGGAAAAUGCAUCUGAGACAAAACUUGGGCUUUGCAGCCGCGUCCACAGGCACCCAUGUCCCCUCAGGCGGGUCUGUGCGGUCCCGUGUGGUGCCGCUAGCCCAGUGUGUCAGAACAUCAGCAGAGGUGCAUUCUCAGGACCCAGGCGUCCCCACCGAGCAGACAGGAAAGCAACCGAAAGUACCAUCGCAAAAGGAGUAUAAUAUACUUGCUCAGCUCUAAGAUUAUUACUUCACAGAAGCCUUAUAACUCUGCUUUGUCUAAGAAAACAAUCACCAAAAACAUUUUCAUACGCCCAUAGUAUGUUCCAGAUUACCGACUGUUAAUACGUAGGUUAGUGUAAGCUUCGCUCCUUCUGCAUUUGUACAAUUAACAGCUUACAACACAUGAUGACUAGCAGUGACCGGUCGUCUCACAUAACCAAAAAGCAUGGUUUAAUUAAAACAUGUUUAACCCGAUGACUGUGCCUUAGGAGCUGAUGCCCUCUCACGGAACAUGCCUGGGUUGUACCCGCGGGCGGAGGUUGUAAGUCACAGUAACCAAAAUGAUGUUACGGUGGAGGAAGCUCUCCUGCAGAAUUAUUUUAAAGAUAUUCUUCUGUUCAAUUCUGUGUCUUUGUUGUUUGACCUCCAGAAGGAACACCAACCCAAAAGCCAUACUUGUAGCAUUUGCACGUGACUGUGGCUCCAUGUAGACAUGACCCAGAACCUAGCCCACCCUUAGCGUCCUAGGACUCGCAUGGAAUCUUCUAAUAGGCUGUCGUAUGGAAAGGAACCAUUUGGUAUACGUGUCCGCUGUCCUUGUAGUUAGGAAAUAGAUCCAAUAAAGCAAUAUAUAUAUA